AAUAGGAAGUGGUAACCUUGAAUCCCAUAACUCCUGCCUUUUUAGACAAUUGAAUGCAUAUAGGCCAAAACUGGCAUCAGUGAGCAAGGCAGCUGCAGCACAUUCCAAAUAUUGCUCUAUUUAAAGCAUCCUAAGGCUCACAAGAACAACUGCAGAGGCAAACCUUAAAACUUGCCAAUAAAACUAGCAGAGAGGGGAAUGGCAGAACCAGCCCAAGUCCCACUUUCACAUCUUGUUGUACCUAUACUCCUUGCCGUUGGCUGGAUAGUGGGUUGUGCACUGAUGGUUUACAUUGUCUUCUCUUGAUGGAAGACAGAAGAAUUUACAAUGAUGUUUAUUAGAAGAAUCUGGAAGCUAAAUUGAAAUUUCUAUUGACUAAAAUUUGUAUAAAAUGAGUUAUUUAUAAUAUCAACACUGUAAACAUGGUGUAUGCUUUUUAUCCACAACAAAAGUUUUAUGUGCUAAUUAGAGCAUUAAGAAGAAUCAUCAAACCAGUUUACCAGUUUUAAAAUGGUUUGUAAUUGACAGAGUAGUUUUUGGGAGUCCAGUGGUAGGUCCGAUACCUGCCUGUUCUGCAGCCUGUUCUUCUGUUGUUGCCACCUUGAAUUUAAGCAGUAUUGGAAACAGUAUUCCCCGAGUUAGUGAUGCAAUGGUGGGCAAAAAAGAGAGUUAAGCUCAUUUGUGAGGUGUGCUGAGCUGGGGGAGAAGUAUCUCAAUGUAUUUGGGAACAUUUUAAAGUGAGUUAAGACUUUUUUUUU